ACUUCCAAGAUGGCGGCGGCGGUGGCUGGGUGCCUCCGUCAGGCAGGCUGGAAGUUCUUGCGGCUGCAGUGCAGGCCGGUGACUCGGUGUCAACUCUCCCUGAUGCCACGUGCCUUCCAUGCUUCAGCUUUAGCACUGAAAUCUUCAAAUGAACAAAAGUACCAGCCCCCACCCUCUUCCUCUCAGCAGCACACCGAAUCACAGGGAACAGAAGAUCCUCAUCCAGAGCCCCCACGCUCACAGCCCAGGUACACAGAUCAGGGUGGUGAGGAGGAUGAAGACCAUGAAAGCGAGGAGCAAUUGCAGCAUCGGAUCCUGACUGCAGCUUUGGAGUUUGUGCCUGCUCAUGGGUGGACCUCAGAAGCCAUUGCAGAAGGAGCUCAGUCCCUGGGUCUCUCAAGUGCAGCAGCUGGCAUGUUUGGGAAUGAUGGCAGUGAACUGAUCCUACAUUUUGUGACCCAGUGUAAUGCUAAACUCAACCGAGUGAUGGAAGAGGAACAGAAGCAAGUGCAGUUGGGCCAGGCAGAGAAGAGGAAGACAGACCAGUUCCUGAGGGAUGCAGUGGAAACCAGACUGAGAAUGCUGAUCCCGUAUAUUGAACAUUGGCCUCGGGCUCUUGGUAUCCUUGUGCUCCCUCAUAAUAUCCCAGCCAGCCUAAACCUCCUCACCAGCAUGGUGGAUGACAUGUGGCACUAUGCUGGAGACCAGUCCACUGAUAUUAACUGGUACACACGUCGAGCAGUCCUAGCUGGCAUCUACAACACCACAGAGCUUGUGAUGAUGCAGGACUCAUCUCCUGACUUUGAAGACACUUGGCGCUUCCUUGAAAACAGAAUCAGUGAUGCCAUGAACAUGGGACAUACAGCCAAACAGGUCAAGUCAACUGGGGAAGCACUUGUCCAAGGAAUGAUGGGAGCAGCGGUGACUCUCAAGAACUUGACAGGCCUAAACCAGCGUCGAUGAGGAGGAAGGAGAGUGAGCCUGAGUGCCCAGAAGAAAAUGAGAAUGUAUUUACAGCUCUUUGAAAAACAUAAAAUGCUAUACUGAUGUAAGGUAUUAUUCAGAACAAAUAAGAAUCUAUCUUAAACAUUACCCUGUGCAAUGAAGCAUCUUUGUGCUGAUUGCUUUGUUGAUUAUUUCUGACCAGAAACUAGGUCAGUCCCUCAGUUCCUAAUGCCACAUCAGACCUCUUGUCUUUAGCAGCUUCACACCUCUGUGUAGCAACUGUGUUGUUGGAAAAUCAAAACGUCCCCCAGAGAGCCAAGCAAGGAUGCCCACUGAGCACCCUACUGUUAUCACCUACCCCAGCAUUCUGUGGGACCUGAUCAUAUCUUAACCCUCCCCUAAGCACUACUUCAUGGGGCUAGUGUUAGAUAACAGAUUCCCACCACAGUGUUGCUUUUAGUAGUUCUACUUUGCCAUCUACCCCAGUGAGCUGUAUAAAAAACAUCACACAAUCUUCCUUGACAUGGUCCCACACUGAAAUCUUCUCUGCUUUUCUAGCUAAGGUCCUUCCAGGAUGCCCACAGAGAGGGGAGGGCAGACAUCAUCUUUAACUCAGGUUCCUCUCACAGAGCUGUGCCAGUCUAUGCCUUGCAUAUGGUCCUAGGUCCUGUGCCUUGAGGAGCCUUAUGCCUACUCUGCUAUGGAGUUGUUAGUGAAUUUAGAGUCUGUAAAGAGGAUAAUAAAGGUGUUUGUUUGAAACAA